ACAUCAGUAAUUAUUACUACAAUGUGAUGCUUUCAUUACAACCGGCUCCUCCCCUCCAGUCUGGCACAGGUGUACCGGCUCCUCCCCUUCAGUCUGGCACAGGUGUACCGGCUCCUCCCCUUCAGUCUGGCACAGGUGUACCGGCUCCUCCCCUUCAGUCUGGCACAGGUGUACCGGCACCUCCCCUUCAGUCUUGCACAGGUGUACCGGCUCCUCCCCUUCAGUCUUGCACAGGCGUACCGGCUCCUCCCCUUCAGUCUUGCACAGGUGUACCUGCUCCUCCCCUUCAGUCUUGCACAGGUGUACCG